AUGACAAGCUCUCGUGCCUCGGGCAAGACUGUAUCACCUACGGCAGCAUCUUCCUUGCCAGAUCCACUCAAGCCAGUUCCAAGAGACCGCUAUGGCUUUAAGAAGGCCUCGCAUUAUGUCACAGUAGAUCAGUACGAUGCAUGGGACAUUGGCUACAGCGAACAUAUAUCGCGGCGAUCCAAAAAGUGGCAUGCAUUGAUGCGCUCCUACGGUCUUACGACAGACCCUCCGUUUCGCUUUCCCCCCAAAAGCGAUAAGAUCAAGCGCUACGUACGGAAGGGCAUCCCGCCAGAGUUUCGAGGUGCAGCAUGGUUUUGGUAUGCUGGUGGACCAAGUUUCCUCGCAAGAGAAAAGGGUCUCUAUCAGAACUUGAUUGACAAGGUCAAUAAUGGUCAUCUGGGCGACACGGAUCGCGAGCACAUUGAACGAGACCUCAAUCGCACAUUUCCUGACAACAUCCGUUUCAAGCCGGACCCGGUAGCAAGCCCUCAGUUAGAUUCACCGAACAGCAGCAGUAAUGUGUCCACCAUGGACGCUGAACCAGAAACGCCGAUUGUGCAAGCUCUCCGUCGUGUGCUCCAAGCAUUCGCAGUCCACAACCCGAGCAUUGGCUAUUGUCAAUCCCUCAAUUUCAUCGCAGGCCUUUUACUGCUCUUCCUCGACGCUGAUGAAGAAAAGGCAUUCGUCCUGCUCAGCAUCAUCACAUCACAGCACCUUCCCGGAACUCACGGCGUUGCUCUCGAGGGCGCCAAUGUAGAUAUCGCAGUGCUUAUGAGCUGCCUCAAGGACAGUCUUCCCGGCGUCUGGACACGGCUCGACGACCAAGGCGGCAGCAGCAACCCUGCAGCCGACCUCCGCCUCCCCACCAUCAGCCUCGCCACGACAGCAUGGUUCAUGUCGCUCUUCGUCGGCACGCUGCCCAUCGAAGCCGUCCUACGAAUCUGGGAUUGUCUUUUCUUCGAAGGCAGCAAGACCCUCUUCCGCGUCGCCUUAGCCAUCUUCAAGACUGCCGAGCAUGCCAUCCUCGGCGUCUCGGACCCGAUGGAAAUCUUCCAGCUCGUCCAGGCCGUACCCCGCGGGCUCUUGGACGUCAAUGCGCUCUUGGAGUUGUGCUUCCGUCGUCGCGGCGGCGGCUUCGCCGGUGUUAGCCAAGGCCUCAUCGAGAGCCGUCGAGAAGAACGGAGGAAAUUGGUUAAAGAAGGUGCGCGCCAUGCGGCGGAUGGUUCAAGUGGAAAUGCCGAUGACGACUGUAUUGAAGUCGAGGGUCGUCUACGACGUUUCACGAGACGCGUCCGGAGCAGGACUGCGAAAUGAACAUGGCGAGAAUAACGCGCAGGAAUUGACGGCAUGAUUCACGGCUAUCCCUAUGUUGAUAGGAGUGGUGAAUACACUCUGGUAUCUCUCUUUUAUUUUAUUUCGGCGAGUAGAGUAGGUGUGAGGGUAUCGCGGGAGUUUCCCCCCUGAAAGGGUGAGUGGGUCCUGGGGUUUAGCUUGUGGGCUUUCCAUAGUAGGCGCAUCAUAAUGAGGAGCAUGUAAUGAACAACACGGAAUCUGUUAGAUGACAAGAAAUAAAGAUGCACUCGAAACAAAACAAAAGGUCAAUGACAACGCGGC